AUGGACGAGUACAUGACCGACCACUUCAUGACCCGCGACGAUGUCUCCGAUCAUCAGCAGCCUCAGCCGCAGCCGCCUCCGACCGUUGUGGUUGACGAGUGGCCGCACGACUCCGACGUCAGCGAGACCUCUCCGUCAAAGAAGUCGCCCAGCGGCCUGCGCUCGCGCAUCACCAACAACCUGAGCAAGAAGACCAGCAUUCAGGACCGCCUUGUCGAGAAACUCUUACAGCAGGUCAUCCCCGAGAGCUCCGAUGGCCUCACCGGCGGCGACGAUGCCCUGGCACCAGGUUUCCCCUCGGACAAGACCUCUGCCUUCUCCCAGCGGCCCAACUUCAACAUCACGACCAUGUCCAAUAACUUCCGCCGCUUCAACGCCCGCAUCGGCGUCAUGUUCAAGUUCCAGGCCCGCGUCGCCCGCCUCCUCAGCUGGCGCCAACCGACUCACACCCUCUCCCUUCUCGCCGUCUACACUUUCGUCUGCCUCGACCCCUACCUCCUCACCGUGGUCCCCCUUGCCGGCUUCCUGUUGGCUGUCUUCAUCCCCUCGUUCCUCGCCCGCCACCCCGCCCCGCCUUCGGGUACCCUAUCCUCGGAGCAGUCCAUCGGCUACUCCCCGAAAGGCCCACCCCUCGCCCCGGCCCGGACGGUGAAGCCCGUCAAGGAGCUCAGCAAAGACUUCUUCCGCAACAUGCGCGAUCUCCAGAACUGCAUGGACGACUUCUGCGUCGCUCACGACGGCGUCGUCAGCACCGUCCUCCCCAUCACCAACUUCUCCAACGAGGCACUCUCCUCCGCUCUCUUCCUCGCCCUGACCGUAACCACCGUCCUGAUGACGACCUUCGCCUCCCUCCUACCCUGGCGCCAGAUCGCCCUCGUCGCCGGCUGGGGCCUCAUCCUCUCGGGUCACCCGGCCAUCGCUCCACUCCUGACGCACACCCACGACACCCACGUCGCGCCGCACGAGGCCCGCGCCCGCUCGCGCCUCGAUGCCUGGAUUGCCGACGACAUCAUCCUCGACUCAGCCCCGGAGACGCGCGAGGUCGAGAUCUUCGAACUUCAGCGCGCUUCCCACGACGAGUGGGAGCCCUGGCUCUUCUCCCCGUCCCCUUACGACCCUCUCUCCCAGCCGCGCAUUGCUGGCGACCGCCCACGCGGCACCCGCUUCUUCGAGGAUGUCCUGCCGCCGGACGGCUGGGUCUGGUCCGAGAAGAAGUGGGCGCUCGACCUCUGGAGCAGGGAGUGGGUCGAGGAACGCAUCAUCACAGGCGUCGAGGUCGAGACUGAGGGCGAGCGCUGGGUGUACGACAUGUACGACGAGAACUGCGCCUUCCAGGGCGGCGUCGGCGUCAUGGACUCGCCGACCACGAGCAAGGGCAAGUCAAGGGUGGCCAAGACGCCAACGCCCAGCUGGGAGGAGGGCGAGGACGGCACGGGCCGGAGGGGCGAGUGGAGGAGACGACGCUGGGUGCGCCUCGUCAAGAGAAGGGCCACGACGAGCUCGGCUUGA